AUGAAGAUACGCUAUCUCGGUGACCUUGGAUAUCAACAAGGUAUUGGUCAGGAACUUGGUGUUAGUCAAGCAACGGUAUCUCGGACUGUGGAUAGAGGUGUGAAUAGCAUAGUUGCACAGUCGAACGAAUGGAUCAAGUUUCCAACUACCAAUCAUGAACUGAUGGAGACCAAGCGGAUAUGGCAAGGCAUGUAUAAAUCUCCGACAGCAAUUGGUGUAAUUGAUUCUACAUAUACAGGAAUCCUAAAACCAAAUUGCCAUGGAGAUGAGUAUAUCAACCGAAAAAGGAAACCUACUUUAAAUGUGCAAGCCACUUGUGAUGCCAGAGAGAUGUUCACAAGUGUUGAUGUCAGUUGGCAUGGAUCAGUGCAUGAUUCCAGAAUAUGGAGCAAUUCACAGACUAGAUCACAACUAAUAAAUAAAGCAAAUGUUGUACUACUUGGCGAUGCCGGUUAUGGUAUUGAGCCAUGCCUUAUGACUCCAUUCAGAAAUCCUACUUCAGUAUGUUUGUCGCGUAAGUUGGAAAAUGUGCCGAAAAUAAUUAUUGCUUAUAUUGUACUCCAUAAUGUUGCGAAGAGCUUGGGCGAUCCUGACUUUGAGUUAGUUGAACAACACCCAGAUGAAGAUGAAGAAAAUCAUGAGAAUGACGUACUUCCUCUCCGCCAACUAGGUCAAUAA